AUGCGUGCUUUUCGGAAACAGUUUUCUUCGAAGAAUGAUUGGGUAUCUUCGUUAGCUGUAAAUUCACCCACGCCUGAAGCUUCGGAUCCUUCAAUAACGUCUCCUCGAAAAAAAGUCGUCUUCGAGCAAUAUGUAAAACUUCUUUGA